UCAAAAUGUUAAAAAAUCAUUGGCCAACCUCAUUAGUAUUAUUACCACAGCUCACUUCUUUAGGCAUUGUCAGAAGCAGAAGGCGAGCUCGGAUAUCCAUGGAGGUUGGCGGCUUAGACUCCCACGGCCGCCAAUUCAAGAACGCCGAUGAGAUGUGGACUGAUCAAGUCGGAGAUCCCACCAAAAAGACUGAAUGGUAUCGCCAAGGCGUCGGCUAUUGGGAAGGCGUGGAGGCCUCCGUUGAUGGGGUAUUAGGAGGAUAUGGUCAUGUAAAUGACGCAGACAUUACGGGUAGUGAGGCUUUUCUCAAUACACUCCUUUCUGAGCGUUUUCCCAUUGUUUCUGCUGCAUCAAACCAACGUCACCUCGUUGCUCUUGAUUGUGGUUCUGGAGUUGGGAGAGUAACGAAAAAUCUUCUAAUAAGAUACUUCAAUGAGGUUGACCUUCUUGAGCCUGUAUCACAUUUCUUAGAGAAGGCCCGAGAAAGCUUGGCUCCUGAGAAUCAUAUGACCACAGAUACGAACAAAUCCGUUAAUUUUUACUGUGUGCCUCUUCAGGAAUUCACUCCAGAAGUGGGAAGAUAUGAUGUCAUAUGGGUUCAAUGGUGCAUUGGACAUUUGACGGAUGAUGACUUUGUGUCAUUUUUCAAGAGAGCUAAGGUUGGUCUCAAACCUGGUGGGUUUUUUGUUCUGAAGGAGAACAUUGCAAGAAAUGGAUUUAUCUUGGACAAUGAGGAUCGGAGUGUUACUAGGUCUGAUUCAUACUUCAAGGAGCUCUUCCAUAAAUGUGGGCUGCAUCUUUACAAAUCAAAGGAUCAGAAGGGGUUGCCGCAGGAGCUAUUUGCUGUAAAGAUGUAUGCAUUAACAACAGAUGUACCAAAGAAGGUUCAUCACACUAGGUCCAAAGUGAGAGCUAACAGACCAGGAAUCAUCAGAUGAACUACACCCAUUUCAACAUAUUCGCAUCUUGCGUUUUCUUGUGUUCCAUUCGUACCUUCUCAUGAGGUAUCAAACCAUUUUUUCCCCCACUAUGGAGACCAAAAAUAGAGGGUUUUUGAUUCCUGUGCGAGUGUUUCUUGCUCUGCUGUACAUACUAUUGAUGUUGUUGUCAGUGAUAGGUUUAAAUGUGUAAAAAUAGGACGGGCCUAAUGAGCUUAGCAUGGACGAUAGGGAUUAGCAAUUAUGUUCGGGUUGACACGACACGACAUGAUUUAUAGACGCGUUAGUAACCUUAAAUCGGCUCGACACAAUUUGUAAUGGUCAUUUGAGUUGGCGCAGCAUGAUUUGUGUUCGAAUUUGAGUGAAACAUGACAUGAGCACAAGAACAAAUAUGCUCAUGUAACUUGAUUGAUUAGGUAAGAUCGAAAAACCCUUUACCGUUUUAAUCAAACUUUUCUCUACCAGUUAUGCUAAUAUGCACAAUCUUUGUGGAUUCGAUCA